GCUCCACCGCUCUCCUCGGGGGCCCCGCGUGUGUGUGUGUGUGUGUGGGUCUGUGUCUGCGUGUGUGCGCGUGAGGAAGCGAAGGGGGGCGAGAAAAGAGAGAGAAACGGGGAAAGAAAGGGAUCCGGGCUGCAGUUUGCUUUAGAUGUGAGUAGAGGAGCACGAGCGCGUUCCGCCGCGGAUUGAUCCUCCACGUAGUUUCAGCCUCGCAUGGAUAUUUUGUUGGGAUUGUAAUGAAAGAAGCGCACUGACAUUUGACGAAGACGGAUCCCGACUUUCAGUGCAUUUCCCUGGGAUUAAAUCGCCUCGAAGUACCUCAUGCUCGACGUGCCGGCGUGAAAAAAGUAGAUUCGAGCUUGUUAAAGUCCGAAACUCUCCGAGUCCGCGGGUCACCGUCUUUGGCCGAAGGCUGCGGCUUCUGGAUUAUGAUCCUAAGUGUGUUACGCGAUUUGAUUAUGUAUCCUAUGAUUUUUAAUCGUUCAUAACAUAUAAACAAUCCACUCCGCAGCGGUUCUGGAUAAUUAAUCACAGUUUCACCUGCUGGGGCUUUUUUUUACGGUAUAAUCGGAUUAGCGAAUGCAUUUUAAUCAGAAUGUUUCAGUGCGUUUGCUGCGAGGUUUUGUAGUAGAUGCAACAAAACAGUCUUGACUCUAAUGUUGCGGCUUUGCCACCAAUGCUCGUCGGUUCGCUGUGCAGGCUUUGCACGGCGGUUCACAGACAUUAAUGUUUUGCACCGACCGCACAAGUCUCUGUAAUAUUCGGGUAUCCGUAGAAGAGUAAACCCCCUUAUAGAUUGUCAGGUUGUCGUAUGUUCAGGACGAAACGCUCAGGUCUUGUGCGGCGACUCUGGAGAAGCCGUUUGAUCCCAGAUAAAGAGGGGGAAGAUGGAAAUGGCAAAAGUAGUGAGGGCUGUAGGGACGACGUGUUCGGCACCAACCCGGAGAAAAUUCCCAAAACGGAGUUCAGACCGAUGACCCCUAGCGGGUCUGUUCUGCGGGACUCGGGGGGUGUGCGCACGCGGAGCCCCGUGGAGAGCAGCGGCGCGGGGGGCCGGUCGGACCAAGACGGGGCCGCGGCGCGCGUCCCGGAGCAGGGGAGCCCCCGCUCCCGGCACGACAGCGACUGCAGGACGGUGACGUGCUGCUUAUUCAAAGACCGGGACCACUCCGAGCUCCGGGCUCCAGACGCGGCCCAGGGCACCGGGGACCCGGCGUCGUGUCACCUCGUGCUGCGGACCCUGGGACCAGGCGACGGCGGCUCCCCCGAGGCGCGCGAGGCGAUGCCGCGCGCCGUGCUGGAGCAGGAGCUGAAGGCGGCCACGUACUCGCUCCUGAAGCGGCUGAAGGAGCGGGCGCUGGACACGCUACUGGAGGCGGUGGAGUCCAGGGGAGGGAUGCCGAGCGACUGUGUUUUGAUUUCCCGCACAGAGCUGAGGCUGGGCGGGCACGCGGCGUCCCCGCAGCUGCUCGUGUGCAAACUGUACCGCUGGUCCGACCUGCAGCACUCGGCCCAGCUUAAACCACUCUGUGAGUGCAAGAGCUUCGGGGCCUCGGACAGUCCGUCAGUGUGCUGCAACCCGUAUCACUACAGCCGGCUCUGUGGGCCAGAGUCACCCCCACCGCCUUAUUCGAGGCUUUCCCCUAAUGAAGAACAUAAGCCACUGGAUCUGUCAGACUCCACAUUGUCUUACACUGAAACCGAGGCAGCCAGCUCACCAAACAUCACACCGGGGGAAUUCUCAGAUGCCAGUAUGUCGCCCGACGCCCCCAAACAGAGCCACUGGUGCAACGUGGCGUACUGGGAGCACCGCACGCGCGUGGGCCGCCUCUACACAGUGUACGAGCACUCUGUCAGCAUCUUCUACGAUCUACCUCAGGGCACGGGCUUCUGCCUGGGCCAGCUCAACCUGGAGCACCGCAGCAGCACCGUUCAGCGCACGCGCGGCAAAAUCGGCUACGGCCUCCUCCUCAGCAAAGAGCCCGACGGCGUCUGGGCCUACAACCGCAGCGAUCACCCCAUAUUUGUCAACUCCCCGACUCUGGACAUACCGAACAGCAGAACUCUGGUGGUGCGAAAGGUGAUGCCGGGCUACUCCAUCAAGGUGUUUGACUACGAGCGCUCAUACCUGCUGAGGCACAGCGCAGAGGCCGACCUCCUAGACGGACCCUUUGACCCCAACAGUGUGCGCAUCAGCUUUGCUAAGGGCUGGGGCCCCUGCUACUCAAGACAGUUCAUCACCUCCUGCCCCUGCUGGCUGGAGAUCCUCCUCAACAACCACAGAUAACACAGACGGACCCCACAAACUAUCCCAAAUAUCAUCUACCUAGAUUUAAUAUAAAGUUUUAUAUAUUAUAUGAAAUAUAUAUUAUACUUGUAAAUACGGAGUCAUUUUUACAAUGUAAUUAUUUAUGUAUGGUGCAAUGUGUAUAUGGACAAGAGGAAAAACAGAAAAUGCACUUUGGCUUAUAUAUAUAUAUUAUAUAUAUAUAUAAAUAUAUAUAAAGAUAAAGAAUCUUUCAAUACCAACUUGAGAAAUUAUACAGCAAAGUUAGGAUGAGCCUGGAUUUGGUGUAUAGUUUUCAUAUACUGUUAAUAUCCAGACAAAAAGCUAACACAGUUCACACCUUGAUAAUAAAGUAUUCGCAUAAUAA